GACCAGAAUCGUACAUCCAAUCGAGGCAAACCAAAGCGAGAAGCAUCUGAAACCAGGAACACAUGCACCCUGAGGUUGGUAGCAGACUAUCUCUUCUAUAGCCGACAUGCAUUGAGCAUCUCGGUGCAUGCUACUCAAACUAUGGUAGGUAUUAUUCAAGCGGCCAACCGCAUCUUUUACUCGACGGCAUGGAAGGUACCUGGAGAUCAUUGGGGAUUCGUGAUAAAACAGGUGCUGGUUCACACAGCAUAUUCAACCGGCGAGAAGAAUGGACGAUACAGUUAUAACUAUCGGAAGGACAAAUGGACCAUUGACGACAAACUUAAUAGUUUCUCUCAAGACGAAGAUAUUCCUAACUUCUGUUUAGCACACUUGUUUACUGCCGAUUCGUUCGAUGACGGUGUCCUUGGUUACGCAUUCGUUGGCUCAACAUCAGGACGUGGAGGAGCAUGCUCAAGGACCAUGGUGGAUUUUGACUUAUUUCAUCAUGGGAUACUCCGCUACUACCCGCGAACAGGUUGGACGAGUGCAAUGGUCAGUAAUCAGUACCUUCCUCGCCUUCAGCAUCAGCUGGUCACAGCUCACGAGAUAGGACACAGCUGGGGAGCAAGUCAUGACGAUGGAGAUGUAUGUUCUCCAAAUGACCAGUACGGCGGUCACUACAUUAUGUACAUGUACAGCGUGAGAGGAAACCAACCCAACAACUUUCGGUUCUCCAAAUGCAGCAUAGAUGAUAUCUCCAGAUUUCUGGAAGAGAUUAGCAGCGAUUGCUUCUCACCGCGUAGUGAGUAUGUACUAACCUGUGGCAAUUGGGUGCUUGAUGAACGCGAGCAAUGUGACUCAGGCGCCUACAGCCUGGAGGGUUCCGAUCCAUGCUGUACCAACACUUGCACCCUUAAAAAAAACGCCAACUGCAGUGAUUACAGCACCCCCUGUUGUUUGGACUGCCAGCUAGCGCCGGCAGGAACCAUUUGUCACCCGAACCUUGACCUGCAGUGUCAACAGGCCGCAAGAUGCGAUGGCAUACACUUUGAGUGCCCCAAAGCUCCCAAUGCAAAAGAUGGCACAAAAUGCGUCGACGGAGGUACUUGUUUUAAUGGUAGCUGUGUUCCCUACUGUGAAACACUUGGGAAAAAGAAAAAUCUUACCUACAAAACAUGCAUGUGUGAACACAGCGCUACUGCGGCCUGCAUGCGUUGCUGUAUGGAGGUUUAUAACAACUCAAACGGUCCGUGUUUCGAAACGGAUCAACGGCUGGGAAACAAGCGGCAAUGUUUCAACGGUUUUUGCAAUGAAGAAGGAGUGUGUAUCCCAACUGAAGGCAAUUUCAUGCGCAAACUCAGCGAUUUCUUCAAUAACCUGCAGUUUGAUUCCCUAGCGGAGCUUAUGAAGACCAACCUCAUUAUGAUUGUCAUAGCGCUGUCGGCAAUAAUCUGGAUUCCGACGAGCCUUUACAUUUCCCGUAAAGAUAAGAGACUCCUACAACAGAUAAGAGAUGAGGAUAUUGCCAUAAUGCAACUGAUGGAGCUCUGGGAACAAGAAGAAAUGUCCAUGAGGAGCAACGACUCGCCGAAACCACGAACGAAGAACACCGAAAAUCAGCUGAGAGAAAAGGAAGGGGUGAAGAGUGAUGCACACACCGCAAGGUCCAUCAGUCUUAGACACAAGCUGUUGGGUCUUAAGAGGUCUCCGUACGGUCCUUCCAAUAUAACUCCUACGGUUAUUCGACCUACACUUCCUUCAAGCCUGCAUCGUCGCCUCACGUCGCACUUCCGUUCGAAUUUUGCCAUGAACAACUUUUUUUCUGUUGUUUUUGACACUGGUGAAAGUUUGCAGCAAAGUUAUGAGUAUAAUAUACAGCUUUUUUAAAACUUUCGAAAUUUUAAAUUUUAAAUAUGAAUUGGCUUCCAGUAAAGUUCAAAUUGCCUAUAAGGUAAAGAAACUGUAGUUAUCGUUUGCUUUGACCAUAUUGCUCUUUCUUGUAUAUUUUAUAUCAAUUCACUUUUUUCCUUGAUCUAUUUACUCUAGACGCCUUAGACUGCGUGCUUAUCGUCUCGUGUUAUUAUUGACAGUAAAAGGCUGUUUUAGUUUCUGUUUCGUGUAUCCUGUGUCUUGUUUCAUGUUUGAGGUGACGUUUAUUUAUAAUCGAUGUAAAAACAUUAUCCACAAUCAAUCUGUUGUCUUUUGUGUCGUGUAAGCGAUCAAACAUUGCUCUAAUGCUGGAGGCUAGUAACUCUAUACCAUUCUGAACACAGCACGUUUCUGAAAAUAUAAUUCCUGCUGUAAGGU